CGGUCCAAGUUACGGCAGCUACUGCUGUGUGUCGUGGUGCUUCAACAACGGCAAAACCCAGAAGAAGCCAGGAACGAGUUUCUUCCGCAUACCACGGGACGGCAGGAUGACAGCAUGGAUGCAGUACGCUGGAAGAGACGAUCUUCUGAGUUCUUUGAGCGUCGCUUCUACUAGUGACUGCCACAUGACUGCAGAAGCUGCACUACAAGGAUCUGCGGAAGAGGCUUCGAACAGCGACCCCCACACAUUGAGGUGCCCUGAUGAGCAGGUUGGCGACUCCCUUGUAGCUGGCAAAGGAGCAUCUGCUGAUCUCGGCCUGCUGGAGGAAACCUUGACCAAUCGUUCAGUUGUGACAGAAGGAACUUCUGUGAUCGGCACCUUGCAACUUUCUUCCGACAGCAGUGUCCGAGGCGCUGAACAAGCUUCACAGGACACCCUAGAAGAUGUGUCUGCCAACAGCUCCAUGAAUGAGUGCCCUACUGCAAAUGAGCUUUCCUGCGUGCCAACGACAAGUUGUGCAUCAAAAAUGUACAAGCAAACCAUCAAACGUCUCCAAGCCAAAGUAGCAGCACAGCGGAAAACUAUCAAAAGACUGCUGAGACAGCCUCACAAGUAA